UUCAACUUCGGAAUGAGGAUCUGCGUGCAAAAUGUGGGUAGGCAGCCGACUGAAAAAUUACACUUAAGUUGGCAAUUGGACGGUCACAUCACCUCUGCGUUCGAAAGUGUUUUCCAGGUCCAUGAACUUUUAACCUUUUGUACCCAUGGUUUAUGAUUAUGGUUUACACUUCGGUCCUCAUAUAAUGCACAGAAGUUCUGCGUAAACAAUUCACGGGACUGUAACAGUCAAGAACAGUCAUGGAGAUACUGAACGAGGAACAACUCACUGCCAUAGAGACGUUGCUACAGGACCUUUACCCGCAGUCUUUGCAAGUGUAUGGUUACAUUUUCCAAAAGAACAGGGUGAAAUCUGACCACAUGGAUGUUCUUGUGGACCGCUGGCCUGAUUUCAGGACAGUGCUCAUCCGACCUCAGCGGAAGAAGAAGGAGGAUUUCUUCAAAGACAUCUGCGUGUUCUCCAAAGAUGGGGAAACACUGCGGAAAUUAUUUCUUGAGACAGAAAUUGUUGACUGGCAAAACUAUCUUUGUCUAGGUGUAGACCUGGGUCAUGCAGAAAUAAUAACAAGUAUAGCAGCCACCAGAGGUGCAACUGGGAGAAAUAUCGCUGUGUGCCACAUGCUGAGGCUGGAGAAUCCCUCUCACCUUCCACUAGUAGACAGCUCAACAGUAUCAAUAUCUUCCCUUGAAGAGUCACACAUUUCUUUGGUUAAUGAAACCUGGAAGUUUGGAGAAGGAGAACACAGCCUAAGCUUUAUCAAGAACAUGAUCUGCCAUUUUCCAACCUGCUGCAUUUUGGAUGCCAGUGGUACACCAGUGGCCUGGGUUUUAACAUAUGCGUAUUGCGCCAUGGGGAUGCUGUACACAAGGCCAGAACACAGACGGAAAGGCUAUGCAAAGAUCCUUAUUAGUGUCAUAUCAAAGAGACUCCACGCCCAGGGCUACCCUGUGUUUUGUUUCAUUGAAGAAGAGAACCAGCUCUCUUAUAAGCUUUUUCAAAGUUUGGGUUUCAAAGAAGACCCCUCCUACAGAGCUACCUGGUUUAAUUUCAACUAGUUCCGCUUAUCUUUGGUUAUGUAUAGGGGGAAAAAAAUGUUGGCAUUAAUCCUCAAUCCAGUCUUUAGUUAAAUGUAAAUUACUAUACAUUCUCAACAGCAUAUUUUGGGUUGUUGUAAUACAACAGUUGUUUGUAUAAUCAGCAACAUCAAAACAAGCGUUUCCAUGACGGUUAGGGGAGAAUGCAUUAAAAAUGUACCGUGAAUUCAGGCAUAUAUUGCAAUCUACUGAAUGUUUACAUUUGUUAACAUAAAUGUUGAUCACAUUUUUUAUCUGCAGUAGGAAAGUGAAACAAGGAAUACAGAUUUAUUUGAGCUGUAUACUCUCUGUGAUUUGCAUUCGUGAAUACCAAAGAACACUUACU